GGAGGGCACUUCCCCAAGAGAGGUGACACAUGAGGAACUGGCUGAGUUUGCAUGCACCGUCUUUCGUGCUGUUAGUGAGAAUUCCAUCAGUGAGGGGUGCACAUCACUGGCCGCUGCGUGUCUGAAUUACAUCUUUGUUUUCAGCCGACACAUCGAGUCCAUAGUGGAGUCGCAUGUCCUCUAUUACUACAGCUACCUCUGUGAGGACUUUGAGGGAACCAUAUGUUCCGUCGAGGAGUAUGUGACGUACGCCCGGCCUAUGCACGAGCUCGGUGUGGCGCUUAUCGAGUUUGCCCUCAAGAGCCCCACCGCCCUGUUGUUUUGGCAACGCAUCAAGUUGGCCAAGAACGUCUUCAUCAACCUGUACAACGUCAACACGAGCUGUCACUGCUCCAAAAUCAAGGAGCUUGUGAAGGCCAUACCAGGACAGCAGCGGGAGACGCUGAACUUGUUGUCGAGGGUUUUUCUCAUCAUGGCGUCGCGGGCCCCGAAGAAGGAGGGGCUCCGUCUCCUGGAGCAGGCGGAGAAGUGCCUGCGGGACUGCCUCCCGACGGAGCAGGACACAGACGACGAAGCCAUGGACGCGGCGGAAAGUCAGCACAACCACAGAUCCGGGGGAUUUGACGAACUCGAUGAGAAUUUGGAGGAGAUGGAGCCGUCGUCUCUUGCCAUGCUGUACUUUCGCCUUGCCACCCUGUUGCUCCUUUACGGCGACACGAAUAAAACACGCGAGGCGGAGGCGCUCAAGGCUCAGGGCGACGCACUGAUUGCAAAGGCAAAAGCAGCAUCGGCAGUGAAGGGGGCGGCAACAUGA